AGGUUUAUGCCCUUGUCACCUACCCUCCAAUAAAGCAGAAAUUUUGGGAUUCAAAUAGUAACCAGACACAGGCUUUCAAAGAGAUCACUUUUAGUUUAUAGAAUGUUUUGAAAGUAUACCUGGGGAGCAAAAACUUCUGAAAUUUUAUAGUGUUAUAAAGUGUUUGCCAGAAAUAAGAAAUAGUUUAUUGACUUGAUAUGGUGUCUGACUGAAGUUGCAGUUCAGAUGCCUUAAGAUACUGUUUUUAAAGUUGCUGUGAGCUCAGUCCAUAAAAGAAAAUGAGACUAUGAAUUGGUUGAAAUACAGUUUCCAUGACAUAACAUCAUUUAGUUUGAAUAUCUGGGAUCAAGUCAAAACAUUUUGGCUUGAGAAUGUUAAAGGUGGGGGUUUUUUCCAUUGUGGUAUUUUAAUGAGUAUGGAGCUUCUUGAGGAAAAACAUGUUUUCUGCACUCCCACCCCCAAGUCCUUUGUCAGCUGUCUUCUUCCACCCCACAUUUGAGAGCAAGCAAUCUUGAAAAAUUGUUUAUUACUACACAAAACAGAAAAUAAGAGCAGAUGUCCAUGUGCAUCCUCUUUACUUCUUUCUUUUCUAAGUAUGCACUUCAGUUGCAGACACGGAACUCUCUUGUACUGCACAGACAUGCCUAGAAAAGUGGUGCUCUCACUUUUACUGUAUGGACUCUUGCUCAGUAGCAUGGGAGAACAGGAAGGACUGCAUCAAACACAAUUCCUGGACACGAUGUUUGUGCGAGGAUUAAAGAGAAAAUGUUUUGAUGGUGAAGAAGAUAUUGAAGGGACUCUGGCUGGUAUUAAGGCUAUUCCUUCGUAUAAUCUCCAGCGGCAGUCACUUUUAGACAUGUCCUUGGUUAAACUUCAGCUGUGUCACAUGCUGGUUGAACCCAACCUUUGUCGUUCAGUACUUAUAGCCAACACGGUACGGCAGAUCCAAGAGGAAAUGACUCAAGAUGGGACUUGGCAAAUGAUAAAUACACAGAGUACAGGGCAGGCAUCCCUGGAUCGUCUUGUUUCAACAGAUAUCCUCUGUCGUUCAUCUCGGGAUCAAGCUGAGGGAAAGCAUGUUCCAGGCUAUGGUACUUUCAAUAAAGACUUUGAGAGUGACCAGGCACAAGAUAGUUCAGAAACUAUGUCAACAGCCUCUUCAGUGCAAGCACCAAGAAACCUGCAGAGCAACAUGUGGGAAAUGGAGAAUCCACAAGAAAAUAAAGGAAACUUUCAAAAAUCUUUAGAUCAAAUAUUUGAGACACUGGAGAAUAAAAGUCCUAAUUCUGUUGAGGAUCUGUUUUCAGAAGUUGACAAUUCUUACUAUGAUCUUGAUACUAUGUUAACAGGCAUGAUGAGCAACACAAAAAUGGGACACUGUGAUAGUCUUGAAACAUUUUCUUCUCCAACAAAUACAGCUUCUAACUCUAAUUGUAAAUCUGAUCUUAAUGACCUUGAUCAUAUUGUGGAAAUCCUUGUUGAAUCCUGAAGCUCCUUGUGUAGGAGGUAAAGAUCUGUUAAUAGGAAGAAAAAACUUGAGAAAGAAAUUUCCAUGGUUUGUUCUAUCACAUCUGCACAAGUAUUUUACAAAUAUCUCUAUAUUAUAUAUAUAUUAAGAAGCACUUCAUAUUGCAAAAUAGUGUUAACUCUUAAAGUUAACCUGCAAGUUGUAGUGUAAUAAUCUGAUUUAUCAUCCACUGAACUGUAAGUACAUACGGUAAAUGUUUCUACGUUUGGGAUCCAAGGCUCAUGAAAUUGGGUUCCUUUUACCAAUUUGUUUUAGCCUUUGGUGGAGGAUAUCCUCAGGGAGAGGGAUUCUCUCAUAUUAUUAUACUUCUCCCGUAAAAAUGGAAAUAACAGAGAGGGAAGUUGGAUAACUGGUGUCCUAUUUUCCUCUGGUUUCCACUUUGUUACACCACAAAACUACCAUACCUGCUGCUUCUGUUUUAAGUCGCUACGUGGCUCUUAAAGAGCAGUAUGCAAUAGUUCUUGUUAUCCUUGCUAGCUUCUUUGGGUUUUGCUACAAUUUUUACUUCAAAAAUAGUUUUAAAGUGUUUAUUGGUGUUUAGAUUUUUCCAGGUAUUUUCCUAAAAUAUAUUUUUUACUACAGAUGUUAUGUCAGCUGCUAACUUAGUAACUUUUGAUCAUAUCUGCAGUUGAUAUAUUUUUUGCAAGAUUUUCAAAAAGGGAUGUUUUUUUACCAUGAGCUACCCCAUGUAGUUCAGUAAAGUGUAUGUAAAUGUAAAUAUACAAUUUUAUACUUGGCAUUAAAAUGUAAGAGCUGUUUUCAUUAUUCUGUUUCAUAGAGUAGUACUUUACUAAAUUGAGAAUUGUACAUUUAUGCUUUUCAUACCCCACAUACUUGAGUAUCAUUAUAGGAAGAGCUCUGAUCCAGCUAUAUACAAUUACAUUUAAUUCAUUUCAGAUCAUACUUUUUGUUAACUACAAACCUAAAUGAUGUAGGUUUUUAUUUAUGUGUAUUUAUAUGUAAAUGUCAUCAAGUGAAUUGUUUAUCAUUGAAGUCUACCAUCAAAUAUUUGUUUUUAUGGGAUAACUAUCUUGCACUAAUUACUACAAAAAGUGUUAUUAGCGGCCUUUAAAUCUCACUGGUUGGUAUGUCAUGAUGUCUUGUCAUAAUUAAUAUGCUCCACUCUUACCAAGGGUUUCCCCUUGGCUUUUUUUAAAUAACAAAAAAUGUAAUACAACAUGGGAUGGUGGUCUUUUCUUCCAGCACAUUCGGUUUAGAGUGUAUAUAACUAAGCUUCUUCCUAGGAAACUUUUGGGGGAAAGGGAUAAUUAGAGUAUAGCCUAUGAUUUUAUUAUAAGAAAUGUUUACCAUCAGAAGCUGCUACUGGGGAAAAGCUCCAAGCUAGCAGGGAGUAGGGAAGGGGGAAAAUAUGGAUUGGUUUCUGGAAUGUGUUGCCAUGGCUGUGCCAAGGGAAGACAUCUGUCAGUAACGUGGUUGUUUUCUGUAGAUCUGAACCAAGCAAGUUGCUGAACAUGAAAAGAGAACCCUGCUGUGUCUGACAGGCUCUGCCUUCGCAUGAGUGACCUUACCUCCGAUGCAGAUUCUCAAACCUGGAAAGAGGAUUGGAGGUGGGGGUGCUAAGGAGGUGUUGAGAACAUUUGAGUAUCACCUCAAGAAUAAGGAGACCACUGAGCUUAUGUGCUUUAGAAUCAUCUGCUUUGAGGAAAGAUCAUAUCAUUUUGCUAAAUUUUGCAAACUCAACAGUUGAAUGCUUAUUGGCUCCAUCUUACGAAACCAUGCACUUGGUGUGAGUUUUCAAUGAAUUGGAAAAUGUUUCUUUGUAUUACACUUGGCAUAAGAUAAUUUGUAGUUGCUGUAGUAGUUAAACUUUGCUUUCUCACUUAAUAACUUCAUGUUAAAGGACAAAAUAGCAUAUAGGCACUCGCAAGUUCAGUCUGCAGGAUACAGCUGGACCAAAGAGAAGCCAAUGCUACGUGUCUUAAUUGAGAGAUCACUCAUAGGUAUUGCAGUAAUAAAUGCUGAUUCAGGAGGAUCCAAAUAUAGAUACAAACUGUCAUAUCUCACAGUGAAAUAAAUCUGGCUUAUGUGGUAGUGUUUGUUGUAGUAUCAGAGAUUCCUUCAAAAAUUAUAAAUCUGCAGGUAAUUUUUCUUGAUGCUUUUCUGUGUGUGAACCACUGAACUGGACAGCAGAUGCCUAAGGGUAAAACAGGCAGUUUGAGAGUUUUAUAAACUCUCAAAAUCAGCAUUGAUAGGAAUAACUAAAUAUCUUCUGUUCCUCUGGGAAAUGUUCCCAAAACUGCUCUGAACUGUGUUGAAAACCCACAGGUUUGAACAAUUGUGGGUGUUCCCCUCUGCCCCCACACUCUCCAUUUUCAUUAAAUGAGCAAUUUCAUGUUCAGUUAUUUUUAAAAUGCUCUUCCCCACCUCCUUAGUGUGCAUCAGUCUGCAUGUUACAGAUAGGAAUCAGUAUAAUUUGUUCAUUUGUUAAACUAUCAAAUGCACAUGUGUGUAUUUAUAACUCUAUAUUACUGUACAAAGCAUCUAGCUGUGUGCAUUCCUUUACUGAGGAAGCUGUGCCUAGUUAAAACAAUUUAUAGAGACUACUUGGCUUAACAGGAAAGGUGUUAGGUAAGUAGGCAUUUGUGGAGUUAAGCAUUUAAACAGAAAUAUAUAUCCUGUUUUAUUACAUUCUUAAAACUUACGCCAAAUCUUAUGUGCUUUUACAAGCCUGAUAUCUUGGCUCAGCAGAUGUAAGAAUGGGUAUUGCUGAAACUUGCACAGUCACCAUGCAGAACUGAUGUGUACCUACAAGUGGUCUGACUUUGCAGAGACCAGUCUGUAAAAUUAGCUUGUCUCCCUAUUGCUUUAAUAAUGUGUCUCAGUCUAAUUCAGCUUCUCAUGCUUCGCUUCCCUGGUAAAUAAAAAAAAAAUUUUUAAAAAAAGGAAUAAUAAUAAAAAGAACGCUGUAUUUUCUAAAUGUCAUGGUCAUUUCUUUGCUAGUCCAAAGAGGUAUUGGUUAAGUAUGCGUCACUUAAAGGUUAAUACAAUAAGUUCCCCCUCUAUGUGAUCCUCUAAGGUAAUGAGAGACAUCAGAAAUGAAAAGGUGCCUGUAAGAUUAUGAAUUCUGAAUUAGUGAGCUGUUACUACAAAUGGUGAGAGAUGAUACUUGCUGGUGGGGAUUUUUAAAAUUUCUACAUGUAAAUGGGAAAUUAAAAAAAAAAACUUAGCCUCUUGAAUUAGGAAAGGCUUCUGACAGAUUCUGCUGCCACUCCUAGCAGCCUUUUUUCUCUUGUGCUCCUAGGGAAGAGUGAUGGAGCUUGCACGGCAUCAAUGCCGUGUGUGAAACAAGGCUGUUGGUCUGCCUGGUGGCACUGGGCUGUUGAUUUGCACAAAAGAAAGCUUUGUCAAGCACAUAGCUAAUAUCCAAUCUGCUUCCUUUGCAGGUAACAUUGAGUAUCUGUUUCCUUCUGCCUCUGUGCCUGUGGCUUUAUUUCUCCUUUUUCCUUGCCAGAAAAUCAGAGUUUCUGCAGCUCGAGCAUUCAGCAAAGGCAAGAAGUGCAAGGAUCCAGGCUGCCACAACAAUGGCUUGUCUGCGUAUUGCUUCUCUGUGUGGUGCUUGUUGGCGUCUUUUAACCCCCUCUCUCUGCUGCAGCUCUGGGAGUUUGCCUAGCAAAAGACAUCACCUGUCUCUACAAACAUAGCUAUAUUUGCCUAAAGGACAAAUUUGGUCAAUGAAGAGAGAAUCAGGUCUUUGAAUGAAAAAGCACCUUUCCUGACCAGGCUGCCUUGGAGGUGGCAGCAGUGAAGGGUUUCAGUCCUGGAGCAGGUUAGGGAUUCACACAUGAGCUGAGCCUGCAGACUCACCAGGAAUUACCUGUUUUCAAAGCUGUCCUUAGACUUUUUUUGAAGUCUCGGAUAUGUCUGGGCUGCUUUAGUAAGCAUUUUAAAAGGCAUUAUUGUAAAUUGACUGAGAGUAUAGUUUAACAUUGUAAUUACCUAACCAUUAUGGAUUUUUUGUGUCUCAAAAUAUUGAUUUGUAUGAAUGCUUUACAGUCCUGCAACUUAUUCCAUAUUCCCUUAUAAGUAAACAAACUGUCAAAAGCUAGAAUGAAAAAAACCCAACACAUUUGUUUUCUGACAUCUAUAAUAAGACAAAUAAAAAUGCUUUCAAAAAUUA